AUGAAAAAAGUCCGAUUCGACCUCGGAAAUGACCAACAUGAUGACCUGAAGGGCGUAGCCCCGAUGCAUUCGGUAGUAGACCAAACAGAGCUCUCGAAACAUACUAGUUGUGACGAUUGCUGGAUUGCCAUCCAUGGCAAAAUCUACGAUGUGACUGGGUAUCUUAGCAAACACCCGGGAGGAGCACAGGUAAUGCUAAAGUUGGCCGGCAAAGAUGCUACGGCGCCGUUUGACGAUGUGGGACACUCACUGGAGUCAUUGAUGUUUGAUUUGGGGCCCGAAGCCUGCGUUGGCAUACUGGAACCGGCUUUGAAAACCAAUAACUACUCAACCUCGCCUUCAUCGGAGAAGAAAGACGCUGCUUCAACGAAACGGUCCAAAGAGCUGCUAGUGGAGUGGCAGAAAUCAAAAACUGGGUUUUCGGGACUCAUACAGCCGUCCGAAACAGUUAUCCCAGCUCUGCGACGUGACCCGAGCGAGAAAUUCGACUUGAAAGACCCUGAAGAACGUUUGGAGGCCCAAAAAAUAGCCAGUACUAUUACAGCAAUCGCUGCAAUAGCCUUUUGCAUCACUGUCCUACUCUACGUCAAACUGCGAUGCGCUAACAUGAUCGAUCAUGUGGUCGGAUCCGCACAAGCUGACGACAACUACGAAAUACCGAACUGGUAUACAUGA